CGCUGGUGUAAGAAGGCACUUGUUGACUGUAAAUAAUAAUAUUCGUAUAAGGAAUUAUAAUAAAUAAUAGAAUUUUGAAUAGAAUUAUUUACAGCAUGUAGGUUGACCAUGUAUCAUGGACUCGAAAUUUGAACUGUCGCUAAAAAGUUAUUUUCCCUGAAGAAAAAGAGGAGAAUCCCGAAUUCUUUCCGAAAGACGGCUGCUCCUAUUGUCAUUGUUGACUCUUUGUUGAUCAACUGCGAGAGUCACGAUGGCUGCGAGGGGUAUUCAUAGCCUGAGAUUCAAUCAGGAUCAAGGUUGUUUUACAUGCUGCAUGGAAUCUGGACUGAGAAUCUAUAAUGUCGACCCAUUGGUUGAAAAGGCGCAUUUCGAUAAUGAUUUAAUGGGAAGCAUCUCCAUGGCCGAGAUGCUCUGGAGAACAAACGUGAUUGCCGUGGUAGGUGGUGGGAAUCGUGCUAAAUUUGCUGAUAAUACCGUUCUGAUUUACGACGAUCUAUUGAAGAAGUUCGUUAUGGAAGUCACCUUUACCAGUAUCAUCAAAGCAGUCAGAUUGCGAAGGGACAAAAUGAUAGUAGCACUACAGCGAGAGAUACACGUCUUUUCGUUUCCUACGCCUGUUCGAAGGUUGUUGACGCUCGAAACUAGAGACAAUCCAACAGGCUUAGUGGAAAUAGCAACGUUCGCGACAGCGCAAAGGCAAUUGCUGGCUUUUCCUGGUCACAAACUCGGUAGUGUACAAUUGGUGGAUCUUGGAGCUACCGAGGCUGGUAGUUCCAGUGCACCUAUUACUCUUUCAGCACAUCAGGGUGCACUGGCAUGUCUGGCAGUUAAUGGAAAUGGGACCAUGAUCGCGACUGCAUCUGUUCAGGGGACUUUAAUCAGAGUGUGGGAUUCUGUACGCAGGAGUUUAUUGGUUGAAUUAAGGCGUGGUGCUGAUCCUGCUACUCUCUAUUGCAUAACAUUCAGCAGAGAUUCGGAAUUCUUAUGUGUUUCGAGCGAUAAAGGAACAGUUCAUAUAUUUGCCCUAAAAAAUACCAGUUUGAAUCGACGAUCCACUUUUUCAAAUAUGGGAUUCUUGGGCAACUACGUCGAGAGUCAGUGGGCAUUGGCUACCUUCACAGUACCUCCAGAAUGCGCUUGCGUUUGUGCGUUUGGUACACACAAUUCUGUGAUAGGUACUGUAUUUAUUUUGCGAAAAAUGUCGCUGAUACACUUUGUUUCUUCCUUUAUAUUUUUAUUUUUUUUUUGUAAUUUCAGCUGUAUGUAUGGAUGGAACGUUUCACAAAUACGUCUUCACCGCAGAAGGCAAUUGCAAUCGGCAAGCGUUCGAUGUCUUCCUCGACGUGUGUGAUGACGACGAUUUUUAAUAUGAAGCCUAUUACGUAUGUGCGUAUAGUUACAAGACUAUAUACUUGCAAUAAAAUUUCUAGUCGGAUUACGAGCGAAAUUUCUUGUAUGUGUGUGAUAUAAUUGUACAGGUAAUCGAAUCGCUGAUUACGUAGAAAGCACAUAAGUCAUGGAAAAGUCAGUGUUCCAUGGAGUCUUCGAAUACAAUCUUUUUUUUAUGACUUAUGUGCUUCCCAUAAUUAUACAAUUUUAAUAAAUAUGAA